AUGGCGCCACUCGCACCCAAGCGCCGCAAGGCAGCACCUUCCCCUUCUCCUCCCCUUUCGGAGGCUUCUUCCGACUCCGGCAGCGACUCCGACCUCAACCUCCACGACAACUCCGACCCAGAGGACGGCUUCUUCCCCGCAGGGAGCGCUGCCAAUGACGGCGACCAAGAUUUCUCUGACAGCGACGAGGAGAGCGACCAUGAGGAGGAGAGCGACCAUGAAGAGGAGGAUGAUGGUGAGCUGGGGGAGCUCGAGGAGGAGUAUCGCACCCUCCAGGCCAAUCAACAAAGCAUUCUUCAGACCUUGAAACAGCACAGGGAUGAUGAUGUCUCGAGAGGCCAGGCAGUCAAAAACCAAAAUGCGCUAUGGGAUAAGACCCUGGAAAUGAGAUUCUUGCUGCAAAAGGCAUUUACCACUUCAAACAAGCUUCCCAAGGAUCCCACCAAGUCAAGGUUCUGCAGUCACGAUAAGGAGAUAGAGCAAGCAUACGUUGAUCUGUUGGACUCGUCGAAACAGACUCUUGGCUCCAUGCUUGAGCUGCAGGAGGCUUUACUAGAGCGGAACCAGGCCGCAAAGGGUGUGAAAGAUGCUUUGCCUAAUUCAACUGGAGAGAAUGACGAGUGGUUGCAAAUGCAGAAAGUGCAGACAAGAAUAACCCUGUUCAGAAAUACUGAGAUAGAUAAAUGGCAGAGGAAAACACAGGUCACAACUGGCGCUGCUGCACUGAAAGGAAAGUUGCACGCAUUUAAUCAGAAAAUAAGUGACCAAGUUGCUGGUUAUAUGAGGGACCCAAGCAGGAUGAUUAACAGGAUGUACCUGCGGAAAUCUGAUGUUGGUGUAUUUGGGGAGAGUGCAGCACAGCCUGCUACUGCUGUUGAGGGCAAAGAUGUGGAAGGUGAUCCUGAACUCAUCGAUGAUUCUGAAUUUUAUCAUCAACUUCUCAAGGAGUUUCUCGAGUCAUGUGAUACGGGGGCAUCUGAAUCCGCAUUUUAUGCUCUGAGGAAGAAGCAGCACAAGAAGAGAAAACUUGUUGACCGCCGUGCUUCGAAGAGCAGAAAGAUAAGGUACAGUGUCCACGAGAAGAUUGCUAAUUUCAUGGCCCCGGUACCGAUGACAGUUCCUCCGAUGGCUUCAAAAUUGUUUGAGAAUUUAUUUGGAAUGGGCAACCAAAAGGCCCCUGCGGUCUGA